CGGGGACAGGCGGACUCUUUCCGGUUAGGCUAAGUCGGUGUCUUCGUUGUUUGAAGGACGUCGGCCGUCGAAUUUGUGACUUUGGCAAAGACUUUCCUGGGAAGUCCACCAGACCUCACCCAGCUCUUAUUGACAUCAUGGCAGGCGCAGAAAAUGAAGGCCAAUUCCAGUUCACUGGUAUUAAGAAGUAUUUCAACUCAUACACUCUCACGGGUAGAAUGAAUUGUGUACUGGCCACAUAUGGAGGCAUUGCUUUGCUGGUCUUAUACUUUAAGUUAAGGUCUAAGAAGACUCCAGCUGUGAAAGCAACAUAAAUGGAUUCUAAAUUUUCUGAGCUCAUCUGUUAAAUUCCCAAGCCUGGAGAAGCUAAUGUCAACUCAUCAUGUAAUAUUCAAUUUGUACAAUAAAUUAUGAACCUGGAAAAA